AUGGAGAUGACCCAAGGUUCUUAUGCACAGCAGCUUCUCGCUUCCUUCCUUCAGAACCAGAUGGGGAACAACGCAUCUCUGCCAAUGCAGAGUGCUCCUGAGCUGAGCACACAUCCCUCGAUGCUGCCGCAGGCUUGGCCCACGGCACCCCACCCGCUUGAGGUCGCCCGUGCGAUGGCUGUCCAGAAAGCCCAGGCAGAGCUCCAGGCCGCCUUGCGGCCUCCACCAGGUUUGGAGCACGUGAAGCCAUCAGCACCCACUUCGAAGCCUUGCGCUGUGCCGAUGGGCCGCUUCGGCGACGGAACUGGAAAAGCGCGGCAGAUCUCCAAAUCAUCGAUGUCAACUGCGGCAGAACAAGAAGCUAUGAUCGAGGAACUGUCAGACCUGGAGGAGGUCGAUUCCAACUGUUCCAGUCCAGUGACUGCUACCAGAGUUGAAGCAUCUCCAGGUCCAGGUUCUGUUAUCCACCCAGCUAUGGCUGUGAGGAGCUUUGACGCUGCGCUACGUCAGCUGAUCGAGAGCGUGCCUCGUUUGGCUCGGGACUCGAAAGGAGCUCUUCUUCUUGCGCAGCACGUGUCCGCGAUGGAUGCCCAAGGUCUGGGGCUGAUGAUUGCAGCGUUGCGGCCCCUGGUGGUGGAGCUGGGCUGCGAUGCCUCCGGCACAGGAGUGGUGCAGCAACUCUUCACUUCGUGCAGCGAGCAUCCCAGUUUGAGGGCCCAGCUGAGCGAGAGCUUGGGCGGAUCUAUCCUGAAGAUGUCGAAGGACAAGCACGGCUGCUUGGUCAUCCAACAUGCUUUGGGUAUGGCCCCAGUCGAGAUGCAAAGCCUUAUUGGGCCAGAACUGAGAGGCAAAGUGUUCUACUGCAGCCGGCACAUGCAUGGAAACUUCGUCAUGCAGAAAAUCAUUCAAGUUCUGCCAACAUCUGCACUCACUUUCAUCUUGGCCGAAUUGAAGGAGACGGUGGUUGCAGCGGCGCUUCACAUCUACGCCUGCCGUGUGCUGCAACGGCUGAUCGAGCACUGCGGACACCGUCCCGAACUCCUGGAUCUGCUGCAGGACCUCAUGGUUCCAGGUGAGCAGCUCCAGCGAUUGGUGAAGGAUCCCUACAGCAGCAACGUGAUUCGGACACUUGUGGUGUGCGGCAACGUGGAGUAUACCCGCCUUGUCAUGAGGCUCUUCAGCGAGGACGUGAUGAAGUAUUCGCGCAACCGGCACGCGAGCCUGGUGCUGGAGAAAUGCUUGGAGGUUUCAGCUGGUCCCAAAGCAUGCCAGUUGACCCAGGAGCGUGCAGCAUUGAUGACGGCCUUCUUCUCUCCCUCCACACGAAGCACAAGCCCUCCGCUCCUGCAAAUCAUGCUUGACCGCUUUGGAAACUACAUCGUUCAGCGCGUCAUUGAGACAAGCCAUGGUGCGGAGAAGGACGAGGCGAGCGGCGAGACUUAA